GAGAGAGAAACCCUCAAUUUAUUGACAGCGUCCCAACUUCCCCCAUUGCAUGCCCUAUUCGUGUCACCUGCUAACCAACUCCUCCUCCUCUUCGAUUUUCUCAUAUUUUAAUAUUUUUAGAUAUACUAUCUUCAAUUUUCUUCACAGUAGCUGUUUGUUUAUUUCUUUCAUUUGGGUAAUUAAUUAAUUAAUGGGGAAGAAGAGGAAUUACGCGCCGCUGAACAAGAUGUUUGCAUGGGUCCGGCGGCAGUCGGCGAAGGUCAACGCUUUCUUGGCGGCGGCGCUUUGUCUGUGCGCUCUGGUGGCGCUGAAGCUUCUGAUUCACGACCACAACCACUUCUUCGUCGCCUCUGAGGCCAUCCAUUUUGCUGGUAUUUUGGUCCUCAUCUACAAACUCUCCACCCGAAAAACCUGCUCCGGCCUUUCUCUGAAGACUCAAGAACUUACAGCAGUGUUUUUAGCUGCACGAUUAUGCUGUAGUGUAUUUAUGGAAGGUGACAUUCACACGGUUCUUGAUUUUGUGACACUCGUCUCGACUUUGUGGGUUGUAUACAUGAUUAGGUUCAAGUUGAAAUCCACCUACAUUUCGGACCUCGAUAAUAUGCCCUUGUAUUAUGUGGCGGUACCUUCUGCAAUCCUAGCGGUACUUGUCCAUCCUUACACACAACACGGACGAAUUAGCCGAAUUCUUUGGGCUUUUGGUGUUUAUUCCGAAUCGGUUUCCGUAUUGCCACAACUUCGGAUGAUGCAGAAUGCCAAGAUGAUCGAACCAUUUACAGCCAAUUACGUGUUUGCGCUCGGUGUUGCAAGAUUCUUAGGAUUUGCUCAUUGGUUCAUUAAGGUAAUGCAUGACGUCCUAUUUGGGGGUCAAUUGGUAUCGUUCAAAACCAUUACGGGGUCC